AUGGCUUCGGUCAGGAUCGAUGACGAGGACUACUUCACUGAUCAGCUUCAGGCGUGGGCAGUUCCUGACACAGUCAAGAAUAGGCUGGCACGUGGCGGUUUUAAGACCAUAUCGCUGCUCGCUCAUGCCAUUCCCAGUCUUGAGCAUUUGGAGCCCUUUCUUGUGUCAGUCUUGGGACGCCCUGCGGGCAGUGAUCCGGCCGCACCGCUCUUCACCCCAGAAGCUGCAUCCUUGCGUCGUGUCGUGAAGGAAUGCAUCAGUCAGGUCAGCCCGGCUGGUUCGAGUGCCAUUGCAACGCCUAGUCCGGGCACUGCUGUCCCCAAGAAGUCGCUGGAUGCCGCGGACAUUAAUAAGUUGGUUCAGGACUUCCAAGGCAAGUACCCGUCGGAACUGUUGCGUCCCGACAUCAUGCCUUCGCGCGCUUUUCUCUCUGCAGUGAAAGAUGCUGUGUCAUCUGAUCAUAUGCGUUGGUUCAGCUGGCGUGUCCGCACUUCCGAAGCUGAUGGGGUGGCUUUUACGGAGAGGCGCCGGCCUCGCACGGACUCUCAAAUGUUGGCGUCGCUCUUGGCGCCCAGUGCUGAGGAGGAAUUCUUGAUCGACAUCCCCAUGCAGGCACCUAUGGAGUCGGUGGUUCGCAAGUUCUUUGAUCGCCUUUGCAUCGCCUUGGCUAUGUUGGAUGCGUGUCACCUGCUUCCGCUUCGCAAGCUGAUGGAAAAGUUCGUCGGUCUUGCAACGAUGGUCAUGGAAGCGGAUCGCUCCUUGUGGCUGGCGAUCGGGUCUUUGCAACGAGACUACCAAUGGUGGGAGGUCAGGGAGUGUGCAUCCGCUUCCACACUGCUAAGUGUCGCAACAAAACUUGCCGCUUCUCUCACAAGUGUCCCGUUCUGGAUUCUUCCGGAGUUCCAUGUGGUCAGGUCAGCCGACUCCCCGACAAGGGCGGUGCCGCCCAAUUUUGCCCAGGUUCAAGGUUGUGCCGAGGAUUUUGCAUCAAUUCUGCUACUUGAGUCGGGCCCGCCAUCGCGUGAACGCGUUGUGGACCUGCUCGAUCAACUUUUGUGUGAAGCACCUGACUCCGAUGGUCGUUUCUCGGAGGGUCGCUCGGUGACUGCCGGGGUCUUUCAUCGCCACAAGGUGGGCCUGCGACAAUUGUGUCGUUCGCAUCCGCAAUCUGUGAGGGUCUUGAAUCGCUUCAUUGCCGCCAUUUGCCCGAAUUUUUUCCAUACUAGUUUUGUUGCCAUUGAUGGCAUCGCAUCACGUGAACACAAAGACCAUCUCAACUCGGACUUGCCGAAUGUUGUGAUUCCUCUCUGUGAUUUUAAAGGGGGUGAGCUUGUUGUAGCCCACGAGUCUGGCUCCGUGCCUACGCAAUUCCAGCGAUGCUGCUUGCCUGCGGUUGUGCUUGAACCCAGAAAAGGCCCCAUGGUCUUCUCCGCUGCCUCCUGCUGGCAUCGUGUCUCUGGCUUUAGUGGACGUCGUCUGGUGCUUGCUAUUUACACCUUGCGUGCUUGCACCAAGCCCUCGUAUCAGGACCGUUGUACUCUUCAGGAUUUGGGAUUUCGUUUGCCUUCGGAAAGGGAUCUCUUGCACGCAUCUCCGGUUGUGCCUCAUAACUUGCAGCUCAGCUCUCAAGCUCGCGAGUUGCUUGGUUCUGCACUGUGGGAUGCUCAGCCCAUUGUCCGGGUGGAUGGCGCUCCGGUUGCCUCGUGUUCUGCACCUCAUUGCGCUGCGGUCGAUCUGAUUGCUGCACCUUGCGAGCCAGUGUGCACAGACCGGCCUGAGGAGCCUUUGGAGACGUGCAAGCUGUGCCCUGGGCUGACACAUCCGAAAUUGUUCCUUGACCUUUUCGCAGGUGCCAAACAGCCUCUCUCAGUGGCCAUGGCCAAAAGAAACUCUGAUCGGUUUGAAGCGGUUGAUCUGAUUUUCGGCCCCGCUUUUGAUCUGCUCGAUGAUGUGCACUUCGAAGCUUUGUGUGGUCUGGGCCCCAACGCAGUUCGUGCCCCGUGGGCUCUGGAUGGCUUUCCUGACAAUGACUGGCGAGCCACCCUGGCUGUGCAGGAAAGCCAAUUGCUGCAUGAUCGAGCUCGCGAGCUUCUGUCGCGUGUUGCUGCUGCUGGUGGCUGCAUUAUGCUGGAGAACCCUCCUGGUUCCAUGACCUUUCAGGACUCCAAGAUGCAAGCGUGGAUCAAAGCUGAAGCUCCCUUCUGUGCACAGGUUGCCGCUUGCAUGCAUGGCUCCGCCUUGCAAAAGCGUUGGGCCUUUGUGUCAAAUCGCCCGGAGGUUGCCAAACUGGCAUCUACCUGUGCCCAUGGGCCGAAGGCGCAUGAGAGCUUUCUUGGUAAGCGUUUGCCGGAUGGGAGUUACAAGAGCCGUUUGACAGCUGAGUACCCUGCCUCGCUUGCUGAUGCCAUAGCAGACUUCAUGGCUCCAUUUGUCACAUCGCAGGGGCGUUGCGUGCCCAUUGCGGCAUGGCAAGGUCUCCUGCCUGAGAAAGUGCCUUGGCCACAGGGCUGCCUACGUGUGGAAGACGGGGGUGGCCUGCAGAGUUCCGCAUUCUGGAUGAGGCCGCUCGGCCGUGAUCUCUUGCAUGGUCUUCGCCUGGCUUGGACCCAGCGGCUCCUGUCGUCCGGUCUCGGGCGCGUUAUACCUUCCAAGCUUGAGCUGGGCACUGACCUCUGUCCUCUGGCAGAUACUGAGGUCGAGCCGUUCUUGCAGGACUUGUGCUGCUUCUUGGGGGAUUCUGGUUGGAGCCGCCAAGAUCUCCUGCAGGUGUCUCCUGGCCAACCCUUUCGUCUCAACUUGUUGCAGGCACUCCUUGAGAAGAUCCAGGAUCCUGAAGCCUCCAUGUGUGCGGAUCUUCGGGCCGGGGUUCGGAUUGGUGUCGGGUAUGAGCUUGCACCGUCUCCUCACUGGCCGGUCAGGCAGAGCGACUCCCUGGAAGAAGAUCUGCAGAUUUGUCAUGGUAGCUGGAAAUCCGCCUCGGACCAGCCUACUCAAGUACUCAGUCUCCUGGAGGAAGAGCUUCGUGAAGGUUGGAUCGUGGAGUAUCCUUCAGUGGAGGCUGUGAAAGCUGCGUUUCCCAAAGUAGCUUUCGGGAAGCUGGGGUUGGUUCUUGCUGAAGGUCGAUCUCCCCGCCUCGUAGUGGACUCGAGCAUUAGUGGGGUUACUUCCUCUUGUGUCAUCCCUAACCGCCUGCUCAAUCCACGCAUUUCAGAUCUUCAGGCCUGUGCGCCGAUUUCGCUUGCCUCGGAGGAGUGA